AUGAGAAUGAGGUGGAGUCUAUUAAUAGGCGUGGUGCUGGUAGCCAGUGGUGUUGUCUCUGAAGAGACUGACGACGGAGUGCCCGACGCAGGAGUAGACGGCGAUGAUGAACUAUCCUUAGAUCAGGAGGAGACGCGCAACCUGCGGCCCCGAGCCUACACACCAGCAGCGUUCUCCAACACGCUACCCAGCGGUUUCAGGCCCACGCCCUCCCUGGCCGAGCUGGCUGGAUACCAGCAGCGGCAGCAGGAGCAGGAGUACGUGGUGGUCCCCACCAGGCCCCAGUACGAGGAACAGAGGGCCCCGCCCAGGGCACCUCAAAGGAAGCAACAAGAGCAACGUCCUGCCAAGUACCAGCAGCAGCAGGUGCAGGAAGUGGAGGAGGAGGAGGAGGAGAAAGAGGAGCCCGACCGCCUCUCACUGCUCCUGCAACAGUCCAAGUUUAAUUGCGUCAGCAAACAGACCGGGUACUACGCCGACGAGGAGCUCAACUGCGAGGUGUUCCACUACUGCCAGGACAACGUGAAACACUCCUGGAUAUGUCCCGAUGGUUUUAGCUUCCACCAGGUCCACUUGAUCUGUAUGCCCACGAGCCAGGAGAACAUCUGCCAGAAGUCAUCCAAAUACCACUUCGUCAACGACUAUCUGUACCGGCCGAUCAACCAAGAGGAGGUCGACCGCAAACCCAGCCUGUCCCUCAAGUACUCGGACCGCUUCUACCCGGCCGAGGUGUACAGGGACGACAGAUACGACCAGGAAGAAGAAGAAGAGGAGGAGCAGCCACGUCACACCCCACCCCCGCAACAGCGUCCGUCCCCAAGGCCGCAGCAACAGCAGCCUCAAGUGUUUCGUACCGCAGAGGAGGUCAACAUUCCUCUAGUACAAAGACGCCCACAGCGCCCAUAUGAAUUCGAUUUC